AUGUCUCGUAAUAAAGAAAAACAGAAAAACGAAUUGAAUCGAUUGUAUUUAUCGAAAUCUAAUCCACAAACACCGAAACGACCGCAUCUUUCUCAGAUUCACACAGUUGACGAACUUCGUCGAUGGUUGUCUGUUAUCGAACGAGAGAUUCAAGCAACACUAGCUCAAACGACAUCCGUUCGCUACACAGAUGAAAAGGUCGAGUCGAUGUACAAGCGGAUAUCCGAACUCGAAACUGAACAUAAAAACUUUCGUCGAAAAAUCGCGCAAUUGGAAUUAGGAACAGAUGUGAAUAUUAUCACAAAGACUAUUCCAGCAACGAAACAGAUUGAUUUCUAUACGAAGAAGUCAACUGGCAAAAUGGAAACCUUGGAUGAAUUCUUUAGUAAAAAACCAGAACCACCUCUUCUAUCGAUGGAUGAUUAUGAACCGGUGCGAACGACGCCCAUUGAUGCAACAGUUCUGAAUAAUAGCGAAUUAAUGAGUUUAAAUACCCGUAAGAAACGAAAGAAAGAUUUACGAGAGGAAUAUGUCGAACAAGAUGCACCGAUUUGUCAUUUACCUCCUGAAACUCUUCUUCACCUAUUCAAAUAUUUCUCCACCGAAGAACUUAUUCUCGCUGCCAGCAUCUGCCAAUUAUUUCGUCGUAUCGCUUACGACGAUUCCCUCUGGAAAGUGAUCGACUUAACGAAGAAAAUCUACUCAAAUCGUGUGUUAGCUAAAUUCUUUCGUCGUUUUCCGCGAACUUGUACUACAGUCUUGAAAAUAUCCGGUGCACCUGCUGGAAAGAAAACCAAGAAUAAUCUCAUUAAAUUAUCACCGUACACCGAACAAUUGAGUUAUUUCGUUCGAACAUCGUACCCAAAUCUUCGCCAUUUAUACAUAUCGAAAUACGAUUUUCGCGACGAUCCAACUGCAUGUAAAAACAUCACCUAUCUACCGACAAAUCUUCAAAGUCUCUAUCUCACAAAAUGCGAAAUGUUAAUGACAAGUAUUCAAGGAACGUCCGAUUUUCUCAAAAUUCCACAAGCUUCGCUGAAAAAUGCGACGCCGAGCUUUUCUCUUGAGCAACUAGAAGUUCUUUCCUUCGAGCAAUCAUCCUGUCUUGGACUCGUCUCAGUUCGUUACCUACCCGAUCUGUGUCCGAAUCUGAUCGAAUUGAAUUUAAACAGUUGUUUUCGCAUCACACGUACACGAACGUUUACCGAUACGCUACUUUCGUUUCACAAAACACUUCGCCGACUUUAUUUGAAAGAAACACAAGUUGACGACGAUACCAUUCAUUGCAUAUGUCGCAAAUUGAAAUUAUUAAACAUUCUUGAUAUAAGAUUGUGUAAACAUGUGACAAGAAAUAUCGUCGACAAUCUGCUAACAUUGAAACAACUAGAAGAGUUACUAGCAGAUGAUUUUAUUCAAGUCGAGUAUAAUCGAAGAAGAUUAAAAGAAAAUUAG